AUGGACGAAGCACUGCUCCUAUUUGACCCUGGCACUGUUACAUGUUCCUCAAAGUUCGGGAACGUUGAAAUGGUUGGGCUUCCGAACUUCUUCGAGGCGAUAUUAUCUACCUUAUCGGCUAUGGCAGUCGGAAGCAGUGGCAUUUUUCCCGCACUCAUUUUAGAAGCUCCAAACAAACUUAGCUUGAAUGAAAUUGGUAUGAAUUGUGGGGAUUCUAUAUCAACUUUGGAAAUAGUGUUAAACCGGUGGCUGUGCUUUGCUACUGGCAGCCUUUUGGGUGAAGUCUUCCUCCAUUUACUUCCAGAAUCUGUUGACAGCCUUUUACUCAGCAGCAGUGCAUGGGCUCUUGCAAUCCUCACUGGUAUUUUGGUAUUUUUUGCAACAGAAAUGGUCGCUGGCUUUUACGAGAACCUGCAGGCCGUUGGAUAUUUAAAUCUUCUUGCAAAUUCAAUUGAUAACUUUUCUCACGGGCUUUCAUUGGGAGCUAGUUAUUCCGUUUCAAUUCGCUGUGGGCUGAUUGCUACGACGUGCCUACUAAUUCACGAGAUUCCCCACGAAAUAUCUGAUUUCAUCAUUCUGCUUCGGAGUGGAUUUUCUCGACGGGGUGCCAUUAAAGCACAGCUUUUGACGGCUUCGACGUGUCUAAUUGGAACGUACACAUUAGCCAUUUUUCGUUGGAAGUUUAAAGGUAGAUUGGAUGUUAUUGCUGCCUUUUACGGCCGGUGGGUUUCUGUACAUCGCGCUGGUCUCUUUACUUCCCACUUUUUUGCAAGAAAAGACACCAAGGGAGUCCUUCAUCCAGCUGUGCUUCAUGUUGCUUGGAGUGGUGUGCAUUCAGGGACUUGCAUGCGUCCACUUUUUGAGUUAGAAUCAAGCGAUCGCGAUGAAAGCAUUUUGGAAACAAUCUCCUCUAGUGGACAAUUUGUGCAAUCUUCAGCCUUUGUACCUGCAAGAAUGAUUGUCAUAGUUGUUUUCGUUUUUUACCAUCCAGAUUCAUUUCCUAUCAAGCACCAAUAA